AUGCCAACGACGUCAUCAUACCUUAUUCACGAAAACUUUACCAAUCAACCGGCAAAGCUCAAUACUCUUUCAAAUGAACAACGUUUAAAUGUAACCGCAAACUGCGCCGACGCUGAUCGCGUCAUACUACUAGCAACCGCCGAAAUUAUGGUACAAGAUUAUACCGGUCGUUGGCAACCUGCUCGCGCACAUCUUCGCCUUCCCAGAACGCUAUCAUCCGUUCACGUCACUGCGAUUGGGUCACUACAAGGAGGCCGUGCAAAGGGAGAAGUUACAUUCUCCAUAUCAACGCGAACGCUUGAUACUAAAUUUCAAUUUUGGGAACUCGAAGAACUACCCGCCUGCAAAUUCUUUUCACCUGAAGAAUCUAUGUAUGAGAAACUAUACGACGAUACGACCGAGCGUGCAUCGGAUGGUCGCUUCAUCGUGCGUUUACCUUUGAAGAAAAACGUAUUGAUAGGUACUUCGCUCCUAACUUACGAAGAAUUUGCAAAAGUACUGACUGAAGUUGAAGCCUGUGUAAACUAUCGUCCUAUUAUUCCUACAAAUGUAAAUGACUUUGAUGUCCUCACUCCUGGACACUUCAUGAUUGACGAACCGCUAAAGGGACUUCCCGACCCUGACGUUGAGGUCUUCAAGGGAACUAUAUUUCAACGUUGGCAAAUCAUUGUGUCAAUUAGACAGCACUUCUGGAAUCGAUGGCGAGACGAGUAUCUUGUCAGUCUUCAACGUCGUUCGAAAUGGACACGUUCAACGCCGAAUUUGCAGAAAGAUGAUAUCGUUAUCAUACAUGAAGGCAACGCGCCCCCAACUAAAUGGAAGCUUGGCCGUGUUAUUGGCACUUCCCCAGGAACGGAUGUCAAGUACGGGUUGUAA